AUGGCAGCAGACGGCGCAGCACCUAUCAUCACACCUGAAGAGGCUAACGAUCAGGACUCGUCACUUGGAGACGAUCCGACAUCGUCGACCGCAAGUCUUACGAGUUCCAUCCUCGACUACCGUCGCGAAAACGGGAGAACAUACCACGGAUACAAGGAUGGAAAAUAUCACCUUCCGAACGAUGAUCUAGAAAACGAUAGGCUAGACUUCCAACAUCAUUUAUUCCUUCGCACUUUGGACAACAAACUUGGUCUUUCACCCCCAAACCUCCCUGGUUCUGGAGUCAAGCGCGUCCUGGACUUAGGCACUGGCACAGGAAUUUGGGCGAUGGACUUUGGUGACGAGCAUCCUGAAGCCGACAUUACCGGCGUUGAUCUAUCUCCCAUCCAACCUAGCUUCGUCCCACCAAAUGUUCGGUUCAUCAUUGACGAUAUCGAUGAGGAGUGGGACUAUCCCGAGCCCUUUAAUUACAUACACAGCAGGAUGAUGAACUUCAGCGUUAAGGACUGGCGUGUUUACAUGAGCAAAAUCUACCAGAAUCUUGUCCCAGGGGGCUAUGUUGAACUCCAGGACAUCGAUGUCAUGAUGGGGUCCGACGACGGAAGUCUAACCGAGGACACUGCACUCUUAAAAUGGAACAAGCUUUUAAGAGAAGCAGCCAUUGAGCUAGAUAGGCCCUUCGAAGAAACUGGCGCGUUCGAGAACAUCAUGGCCGAGGUCGGAUUCACUAAUAUCGUCACCAAACGCUUCAAAUGA